AUGACGCGUUCUCGGCAUCGCCGCGAGCAUGAGAUACAGAAGGCAAUCGCUCACUUUUUGCGCGAACACUGGCCUGACCUGCCCUUUGUGGGUUCUGUCAAUGGCGCCUUCCUUGGCGGCGGUCGCCUUGGCGCCAUACGAUGGAACGCACUCCGAACAACCGGGAGCUCGAGCGGCUACCCGGAUGUUUUCGUGCACUGGCGAGGAGCCUUCAACGAGAUCGGCUUGGCAGUCGAGGUGAAAGUACUCGGUGCUCGACUGCAACCGCGCCAACAGGAGUGGCGCACACGGUUGGUUCGGGCGGGUGCUGUGUUUGUCGUCGUGCAUUCACUUGAUGAGUUUGUGCAAGCUCUCAACAGCUACCUAGGAGACACGCCAGCACCGGCAGCGGAGAGCGACAAUUCGGCAGACUCGAUGCAGAGGGCGGAUGAGGCACUAGACGAGGCUGCCUGCUGCAACCUGGCCCUGUGGAUAAAAAAGAAAAAGCGACGCUGUGGCGGGCGGCGCUGUGGAGACCUGAAGGCCCGGAAGGUUGUGCCGGCUCAGCCGCGCGGCGAGGCGGCGGCGAGGUCUCCGAAUCGAUUGCUCCGGAGGAGCGCUGUUGAGGCGCAGCUGCUGCGGCUCGUCGCCCACCGCCCCGUCGCCGCUCCCCUCGCCCGCGCGCGGCGCGCAGGCUCAGUAGUCGCGACGCAGCCGGCGGCGGCUCUCGGCGGCGUUUCUGCGGCGUGCAGCGCCGCGGCGCCGAGCGACGAUGCUGGGUCCACCGCCGCGAGCCGCGCGGCGGCAGUCGCGACGCUGCCGGCGGCGGCUCUCGCCGGCGUCUCUAAGGCGUGCAGCGCCGUGGCGGCGCCGAGCGGCGAUGCUGGGUCCACCGCCACGAGCCGCGCGGCGGCAGUCGCGACGCAGCCGGCGGCGGCUCUCGCCGGCGUCUCUAAGGCGUGCAGCGCCGUGGCGGCGCCGAGCGGAGAUGCUGGGUCCACCGCCGCGAGCCGCGCGGCGGCGGUCGCGACGCAGCCGGCGGCGGCUCUCGGCGGCGUUUUGGUGGCGAGCGGCGCCGCGGCUCCGAGCGGCGAUGCUGGGUCCACCGCCGCGAGCCGCGCGGCGGCGGUCGCGACGCAGCCGGUGGCGGCUCUCGGCGGCGUUUUGGUGGCGAGCGGCGCAGUUGCGUUCACCCGGUAA